AUGCUUUACAUUGGCGCAGUCGUUGGGGCCUAUGCACUGUACAAAGCCUGGCAGUGUUCCAGUGCUCCGCAUGUCCAAGAGCUCCGAGCAGAGGAGGCAGAAGCAUGUCCUGGCUGCGGGCUUCAAGUCAGCGAUCUGAGGCGUCACAUGAAGCGAUGCUGCCCCGAGCGGCUUCCAGAGAGAAUCGGAUCAGCUGAGGACCGCCGUGCUGCUCGUAAGGCGGCCAGUGAAGAGGACUGGAUCAGCGAAGAGGAGGUCAAGCAAGCUGCCUUGAAGUCCUUUGCCAGUGUCAAGGACCCUUUGCAUCGUCGAGUUCUAGAGCUACGCUUCGGUGCUGAUCAAGGAGGUUUGCGCCGUAGCCCUGCAGAGGUUGCCGAGGCCUUGGGCGGUAAGUACCACGGAAAGGCAGAGGCUUCCCGUCGGCCAACUUGUUUGCAUGCAAUGGAUGCAUGCUUGGCGAGGAUUGCCAAAGGAGAGCCGACAUGGGAAGACAUGCAAGCUGCAGCAGAUGGUGGAUGGCAGCAGCAAGCAAUCAGUGCAAUGUUGGAAGCUUUGGCCGAUGGACAUGAAGAUAUGGCUGAUCUCCUUUUUGCCUGGGGAGUAUCACCGGACCUCGGGCGGACUGUGGCCGAUCCGCUUGUGGAGAAUCCCACCGCGGGUGACAUGUGUGUGUUGAUCCUGGGCUGGGGUGGAUCCAGUACCGAGCAGCUGGAAAUCAUCCAGAAAUGGUGGCGAGAGCGUGGCUUCCGAACCUUGGCCACCACUUUCUGCAGCAAGGCGGUAGAGAAGCAGCUGAUGGAAAUUAAGCGCUUUAUUCCUUCUGGGGCCGAUGUAAUGGUCCAUGCCUUUUCCAAUAAUGGCAUGUAUUUGCUGCAGCAUCUUUGCCAAGAUGCUGGCAGAACCUGGCGCCUUGCGGGUGUCAUUGUGGACUCAGCACCAGAUGUGAACAUCAGUGCUCCUUUAAUGAGACAAGUGGUCAACGGCUGCAUCCGGGCCUUGUGCAUGUUGAACAGGGUUGUGAUUGAGAAGAAGGCCGAAGCCGCGCUCACAUCGCUAAACAUUGUCACCCCGCUACGGGUUGGUGACUCCAUCAGCUUUUCAGAAAGAACACCCAACGUCCUGGAUGCAAGCGGCCACCGGCGAGGUGUGCUGUUGACCGGCAGAGGCUGUCUUUCUCAGCAAGAUGAAGAGGCUGUCGUCAGCUUCUUGGAUCGACCUCUUCAGGGCAAAGAUUUGCACCAACUGAAAACCUUUCAGGUGUCCAAGGUUGAGAUCAGCGAAAUCUCCGACUUUCUCAGCCGGGAAGAUGUGCUGGGAUACCUUCAAGCCACCUAUGGGGAGGAGUACGACUCUCCAAUGGUUCUGCAUCGUUUAGACCAGACCACCAGCGGCUUAGUUCUUUGUGCAAAAAACAAGGAGGCUGCUCGGAUUUGUGGUGAACGCUGGCACGAUGAGGAGUGCAAGAAGGAAUACCUUGCCAUCGCCUUGCCCACAGCGUCCUGCCAACUGAGCAAUGCGACAUGGAGCAGAUCAGCCACGUGCAGUGCCUGUACAGUAGUGGCCUUUGCGCAUCGCCCAGCUCGGAAAUCCAUCGCAUGCGGCGUCACCAGCACCAGAGUGGAGCUGGACCUGGAGACACUCGAGGUCAUGGAUGUCUUCUGUGAAGAAGAUGGACCAGUGCGAAUUCACAUGAAGUCGCCCCUGGAUGGCUCUGCGAGACAAUUUGACCGCCCUCGUGACCAGCAACUCCAGAAAACUUUGCAGCGAAUGGCCUUGACCCUUAAGAGGGGUCCAAAGAAGAAGACCAAAACGAAGAAAGCCAUGCUGAGAACUAAGGAGGCUCAACAAGACAUACAACAAGUGUCCUCCAGUGAAAGAUCGUCUCAAAGCCAGAGUGAUAACAUUGCAAGCCAGGUGCAGCUAGUGGAACCUGACGACUGUUUAUAUGACAACCAGGGGCAACCGAUCAACGAUCUUCUUCCACUGGCUGAUGCUUUCACAUCGGCGAGGAAACCGACAUGCCUGAUGCUUGGUGGCCGGAGGUACCGGAUUCGCCUGAACCGGCCGCUUGUGAAGACAAUCACUUGCGGUGGCCAGCCAAUGGCUGGGUUUCGUUUGGUGCCAGUGGCACACUGGGAUGGUGAGCAAUCCAUCCGAUGGGAAUGGCGGACCUCUUCCGGUGAGUUGUUGGCAAGGACACGCUGCUUCACACCGACAGAGGCGGAUGUUGGCUCACGCUUGGAAGUCGUCGCCCGACCACCUUUGGCCGAAGAUGAACAGAUGAGUCGACUCCUUGGAGUGGAUGACGAUCAGGCAGCUGCCCGUCUAAGCUUUGAAGCGGUGGCAAAGGCGCCUCCCUUCCCACCGGGCUUAGCAGCGGAGCGUGAAGAGGAGAUGCAGAGACAAAAGUUGAGCUGGCAAUUGCAGCAUGACAAGAGCAAUUUCAGAGUGUUGAGCUACAACAUGCUGGCAGAUGCCUACAGGCAUUGUUGGGACUACAUAUUUCCCUAUUGCGAUCCCGAGACAUUGCUACCAGAAAGGAGGCUUCAACUUUGUCGACAGGAAGUUUGCACCUUCAAUGCUGACAUCAUGGCUCUGCAGGAAGUCGAUGCAUUUUGGUAUAAGGACUACUGGCAGCCACAGUUUGCUGUGGACGGGUAUGGCUGUUGCUUUACAAAGAAGGCAUCUGGCUCUGGCGAGGGCUGCUUGCUUGCGUACAAAGAGAAGGCCUUUGAGCUUUUGGACCUUGUGGAGCUUCCUCUCCGUGAGCGACCCAGGAGUGGAGUCGUCCAAGUGGCAGCCCGUGAUGAGGCCGUCAGAUUGUCCUCCGCCGACCUGGCUGUCGGCGCUUUGCUUGGGCGUCUUCCGGCGCUGGAAGACGUUUUCCCAAGGCUAGGCACUGUUGCCCAGCUGGCUCUCUUGAAGAGCAAGGAGCCCGACGGGCGUCUCCUUCUGGUUUGCAAUACCCACUUGUACUUUGCCAACUUCGCAAGGCAUAUCCGAGUUCUACAGGUGGCUCUGAUCCUUGAUGAGGCGGAGUCUAUAUGCAAGAGAGCAGAGUUUGAGUUUGGCCAGCGGCCGGCACUACUCUUCCUGGGUGACCUGAAUAGUGAGCCGGACACUGGCGCAACUGCACUCCUGCAAGGCAGCGUUUCCGCUGCGCACCCAGACUGGGCCAGGUGUGCCCCAUUCCGUUGGGGCUACGCAUCGUCCAGACAAGCAGCAAAAGACAUGCUCACCGCUUUGAGAACCAAGAGGCCAGAAGCCUAUUCUUCUCUUGGCGAUGAGACGGAAGAGGAUGGCCUUGACGGUCUCCGCUGCAGUACAGAACGGCUGCAACGUGUGCGUAAUUGUUUGGCAACUUUGGGUAUCGGUGAGCCGCAGGAGGCUGAAGAGGAAGCACCAGAGGAGCAGUACGAUCAGGUGCUCGGAUCAAGUACUGACAACUCACCGUGGACAUCGUUGGAGCAAAAGCUUCAGGCUGGCGGGACCUUCAAGAACUGCGCCGCUGUCGCCACUGCACAACUGGCAGUAGACCUACAGCUCAGCACUGAACCUGUACUUGAGUUUACCGAUGAAGACUUGGACGCUGCCAAAGAUGCAGCAGAGGCUUUGGCAGAGGUGGUCGGGCAGAAGAUGCAAGCUGCGGUGAAGAAACAGCAAGCUGUGGCAGAGAUGGUGCUAGAAGAGAGCGAUGUUGGACCUGCUUUGGCAGGCUUGGGCUUGCAGCUUUCUUCUCCUUUCAAGCUGUCUUCUGCUUGUCAGCCGGACUUUACAAACUUUGUGGGUAACUACGAAGCUUGUCUUGAUUGGAUUUUCUUCACCGAGGAGCACUUGGAGAAGGUCUCCGAAGCGCCCAUGCCCAGCCGGGAGGCCGUGGCCGCUGAGACGGCCCUGCCCUCGCAGCGCUUCCCCAGCGACGCAAAGGAUGACCCUGUGCGCCGUGCAGUGAACCCAGAUGGCCAAAGCGCAGCCACACGCUUUGAGGCGACCUUGGCCCACACCAAGGCUUCACCGACACCGAGGGAACCUGCUGAUACGACCUUCUUCACAGCAAUAGGAGUUUUGCAAGCUGCAGGAGAUGGUGAAGAGUCUGCCUCUCACUGGAUGAGUCGGGCUGCCAUGGGAGGUUCGUUCAAAUCCUGGAGUCAGGUGCUUCUGCAGAGGCAAGCAGAGGAUCUCUCACGACGUGCAUUUUGGUCGAGGCUGCAGGCAGAGCUGGUGGAAGCUAUUCUUGACGCUUCAAGCCCAACAGCGCCAACUCAGCCCAGGUCUUACUCAUUGGGAGGUGCAGGCGUUGCCUCUAGCAGAGCUCCACAGGAGGCUCAGAUCAGUGGAUGUUUCCUACGACCAUUGUCUUGA